UAUGAAUCACGAAUUUGUAAGACAAUAGAUUUUGGAGUAACCUCCGACGUUUGUGACAAUUCUACUCAAACAACGAUAAAAUGAGUUUGUGGGUCGACAAAUAUCGUCCAAAGACACUUGCGAAUUUGGAUUAUCACCUUGAGCAAGCAGAGGACUUGAAAAAUAUGGUGCAGAAACGGGACUUUCCACAUUUAUUAAUACAUGGACCCUCUGGUGCAGGAAAGAAAACUCGAAUAUCAUGUAUUUUAAGGGAACUUUAUGGAGUCGCUGCUGAGAGAUUAAAAACAGAAAACAUGCAGUUUGAGACACCAUCUAAAAAGAAAUUAGAAAUAUUAACAAAUAGCAGUAAUUACCACACAGAGGUAAAUCCUAGCGACGCAGGGAUAUAUGACAGAAUUGUUGUUAUGGAAUUGAUAAAAGCAACUGCACAAACGCAUCAUAUAGAUAUAAGCCAAAAGGAGUUUAAAGUGGUACUGCUGUCAAAUGUGGAUCAACUUACAAAAGAUGCCCAACAUGCGCUUCGUAGGACAAUGGAGAAGUAUAUCAGUACAUGUAGACUGAUUCUUUGCGCGAAUUCGACGUCACGAGUCUUACCCGCGAUUCGAUCGCGAUGCGUGCGAAUCAGAGUCCCCGCGCCAACCGCUUCUGAGAUCAAAAGUAUUUUACACUCUAUUUGUAAACGCGAAGGACUCACCCUACCCGAUGAGUUAGCCAAUCGGCUGAUCGAAGCUAGCGAUAGAAAUCUUCGACGAGCAAUACUAAUGCUUGAAGCUUGCAAAGUCGAGCAAUAUCCAUUUACUGUUGAUCAAAAGAUAUCGCAACCAGAUUGGCAAGUGUUCAUACGAAACACAGCCAGUAUGAUGGUUUCGGAACAGUCCCCUAAAGUACUUUUAGAUGUACGCAACAGAUUUUACGACCUGUUGACUCGUGCUAUACCGUGCGAUCUAAUAUUUAGAGGAUUGUUGCAAGAGUGCAUAAAGAAUUGUGACGAUCAGUUAAAAAGAGAAAUUAUCGAUGUUGCAUCGGAGUAUCAACACAGAAUGAUACGUGGCUCAAAACCUAUAUUUCAUUUGGAGGCUUUUGCUGCACGGUUCAUGGCGAUUUACAAGAAAUAUAUUGAAUCAUCCUUGGACGGUUUUUAAAACUGUGUGUUGGGUGUACUUCUACAAUUUAUUUGUAAAAUACAUAUUUUUUUAUAUAUGAUAAUAUUAUGAUAAUACAAUAAGUUUUUUUAUCAAAGUACUACUAACUUCUAAAUAAUAUAACUGUACUAGAUACUUAUUCGAUUCUAAAUUAAAUGGAAUAUGAAAAAA